CGAAGGCCUUGGAAUAGAAUUCACACCUAAAGAAUACUUGGAACUGGUACAAAAUUUGCAGAUUGAUGAUGAUGGAACUGUAUCUGAAAAUAGAUUGCUAGAUGGUGUGAAAUCAUUCAAAGGUGGAAGGAUUGAUGUUAGUAACCUGGAAAACGUUUUGGAAAAUGUGAAAAUCAUGCUUCCAGAUAAGGAACUUAAAGAUUUGUCACAAAACCUACCAGUUGAUGCUUCUGGGAUGACUGAUCUGCAUAAACUACUAAAAGAAGUAAAUAAAUUCACAGGAGGAAAAAUUCAAGCCAAGGACAUACAAAAAGUACUGGGAGACAUGGGGAUAGAGCUCACAAAUAGGGAACUGUGGAAUCUGAUGAAAAUGUUGCCAAUUACUGAUGAUGGAAAGGUAUAUAAAAAUAUAUUACUUGAUAAUAUAAAAUCAUUUCCUGGUGGGAAGUGCAAUGUCUCUAAAAUUGGUACUAUCCUGGAAAACAUGGGUUAUGAGCUGGAAGAUGAGGAAAUUGAAUACCUGCAGAACCACCUGCCAACUACUGAUGAAAAGAAGGUUAAACUGAAUAAAGUCAUGGAAAAUGUAGAGUCAUUUACAGCUGAUGGAAAGGUGUGUCGCAAUCUGUUACUAGAUCGUUUAAAAACUUUCCAAGGAGGGAAGGUCUUUGAAAAUAAACUAGAAACCAUUCUGGAAAACAUGAACUACAAACUUGAAAAUGAAGAAAUGAAAGAUCUACGGAAACAUUUGAAAAUUGAUGACAAUGGAAAGAUUUUAUUAAAUUCUGUGAUCAAUGCAGCCAAUUUAUUUUCUGGUGAUAAGAUAAAUGCCAGUGACAUACAACUUUAUCUAGGAAAUGUAGGUAUUGAAUUUACAAAUAAAGAAAACCAGGAUCUACUGGACAUAGUGCCAUUGGAUGAUAAUAAAAGGGUAUAUAAAGAUAGGUUGAUGGAUGGAGUGAAGACUUACAGAGGAGGAAAGGUUAAUGUCAAUAAAAUAGAUGAUGCUCUUGAAAACAUGAGAAUCCCACUUGAGGAAGAAGAAAUUGAGAAACUGUGUGAAGACUUACCAAUUGAUGAUGAGAGAAGAGUUAAACUGGAUUUACUUCUGAAUGAAGUAGAUGAAAUUUUAGGGGAAGAAAUUGACUAUGAAGACCUGGAAAAUAUUCUGAAAAACAUAGGGUUAAGACUCCAACUAAAGGAAAACUCGGUAUUGAUGAAAAGUUUGCCACUUGAUGCUGCUGGAAAGUUGUAUAAGCAUAAGUUGCUGGAUAGUAUAAGGUCUCUCAGAGGAGUGAAGCUUAGUGUUGAUAAACUAGAACCUUUCAUGGAACAUAUGGGCUUUGAGCUUGAGGAAGAGGAAUACCAAGAUCUGAAAAACAACCUGCCCAUUGAUGAUGAGGGGAGAGUUAAUGUGAAUGUGGUGAUGGAUGAAGGAUAUCUUUUUACAGGUGAGAAGGUUGAUACUAGGAACCUGGAAAAUUUUCUGGAAAAUAUGGGGAUAAAUCUCACAGAAGAUAAAGGCAUGCAACUGCUGAAUAAUCUUCCAAUUGAUGCCAAAGGAAAGGUAUAUGUGAACAGAUUGAUGAAAGAAUUGAGAGGUCUUGAAGGAACAAAAGUGUCUUCAGAUAAGAUGGAAAUUUUCAUGAAAAGCAUGGGAAUUGAUCUCAAGGAGAAAGAAAUCCAGAUACUGAAGGACCACCUACCAGUUGAUGAUAAUGGGAAGACUGAUUUGAAUACGAUGAUGGAUGAAGUUAAAAAUGUUACAGGAGAGAAGAUUCAUGCUGGGGAUGUGAAAAAUGUUCUGGAAAACAUGGGAAUAGAGAUGACAAAUAAGGAGCACAAAAAACUUCUGAAAACUCUACCAGUUUCUGCUGACAAAAAGGUGUUUAAGAAAGAAUUAUUGGAUGGUAUGAAAUCCUUCAGAGGAGGGCAGCUUAAUGUCAAUGACCUAACGAGUGUUUUACAAAACACUGGGUUCAGACUCGAAGCAAAAGAAAUCAAGGACCUGAAGAGUCACCUUCCAAUGACUGAAAAUGAAAAUGUUGACCUGGAUGUCUUGAUGGAUGCAGCAAAAGCUUAUACAGGAGAAAAGGUUGAAGCUGAUAACCUUAAAAAUGUGCUGAGAAACAUGGGGAUCGAGCUAACAGAAAAAGAACACUCGAUGCUGUUAAAAACUCUGCCAAUCUGUGAUGGAAAGGUGUACAAGAAAAAAUUACUGGAUAGUGUGAAGCCUCUCAAAGGAAAAAAAGUCAAUGUCAGUAAUCUGGAAACUCUUCUAAAUAAUAUGGAAAUCGAAGUUGGGAAAGAGGAAUAUGAGGACCUACUGAAGCAUCUGCCAGUUGAUGAAAAUGAAAUGGUUGAUGUGAAUGUGGUGAUGGAUGAAGCAAAAGCUUUUACAGGAGAAAAAGUUAAUGUCAGUAAUCUGGGGAAUGAGCUGAGGAAAAUGGGGCUCGUACUCACUGAUGAGGAGCACAAGAAGCUGCUGAAAACUCUGCCAAUUCGCACUAAUGGAAAGGUAUAUAAGAAUAGAUUGCUCAAAGGUGUGAAGGCCCUCAAUAGGCCAAGGGUCAAAAUCAAAAAAGUGGAGACUUUUUUGGAAAACAUGGGAACUAAAAUCAAGGAUGAGGAACUUGAGGAACUCAUGACCCAACUACCAACUGAGGGUGAGAUAGCAGUUGACCUGAAUGACUUAAUGGAUGCUGUCAGUUACAUCAAGGGUGAGGUGAUUGAUGUCCAGAACUUAGACAACUUUCUAAUAAGCAAAGGGAUUGAGCUCACGGAAGAAGAAAUGAAGGAGUUGAUGCCUCAUUUGAAAUUUAAUGGAAAUGGAAAGAUUAAUGUUAAGUCAAUAAUGGAGGGCCUGAAGAAGUUUAAACCAAAAGGAAUGGCGACUCUGCAUAAGCUGAAAACUGCAAAUGAUAUUAAAGACAGAAUCACUGGCCACAUGGCAGUUUCAGAAAUUAAACCAAAAUUUAAGCUGAAUCCUCUAACAAAGGUACCCAUCUCCCACAGUAAAAGGGAUAGAGACUUACCAGGAUCUCUUCAAUGCCAAUUACAACACAAAGAAAAGAAGCUAAGUGCUUCACAAAUGGCAGCUUUCCAAGAUGCCUACAACUUCUUCAACAAGGACAAAACUGGCUGUAUUGAUUUCCAUGGACUGAUGUGCACUGUAGCUAAGCUGGGAAUGAAUCUAACCAAGCAUGAUGUCUAUAAUGAAUUGAAAUGUGCUGAUAUUGAUCGAGAUGGGAAGGUGAACUUCUCAGACUUUAUCAAGGUGCUAACAGAUAAGAAUCUCUUCCUCAAGGCAGUGGCUCCAGAAAAGGAGACCUGUUUAGAUUUAGCUGGCAACCCAGGAAUCCUAUUGUUUGAAAUCCUAUCAAAGCUUCUAGAGACUUCAGCCUUACCCAGAAAGUCUAUACUAGAAAUAGUAAGCUAUUUCCAAAGAAAAUUCCAGCAUACUGGCCCAGGAAUGUUGUGGAGUCCCUACACUAUGGGCUAUGGAAAAAGGACACUUAAGCCAGACAUAUGCACACCUCCAAGCUCAAGCAUGGCUGCCUUUGCUAAUGCUGCCCGGAUUGCAAUAAUGAAAGAAAAGGAUUUAUUUAAAUUUCUUGAAGAGCUCAAGAGAUGCAAUUCCCAUUCAGAUAGCCCAUAUUCAAAAAUACCCAUCUUUCCAUUGUUCCCUAAUGUGGAUGGGGUGGUGAUGGGAAAGCCAUUCAAAGACAUGCAGAAAUUAGAGAUGCUAAGAAGAAAGGAGCCUUUGAAUUUCUUUGAGGAUUAUUUUUUCCAUAAAAGAGACUGGAAAACACAGGCAGCAAAUAUAAAGUCUAUGGACCCUGCCUCAGGUUAUUCAAAUAACAUCACCAUUGAUCAAAUACUCAAGAAAAAGCAGACUUGUACAGUGGCUGAUGAAACUGCUAUUAAACAACACGUGAAGAGAGCUACUGAUACCUAUAAUUUAGGAAUUGCCCUUGAACACCGGAAAGAAAUGCUAAACCUCUGGCAGAAGAUCCGAGGGGAUUUGAUUGGGAUAGACUCUAGAAAUGAGUCCUUUUAUGACACCUUUUCUACUUAUACAUGGUCCUGGAAUGUUUGCCAAGAACUACUUUCUCCUAAGGACUUAAGGUUAUAUGAUGCCUAUGUGAAUAGAAAUUCCUCCCAUAACUCCAGAUCCUUUUCCUCAUCAGAUACCAGUGAAUGUGACACAGACUCAGGAAGAAAAAGAAAAAGGAAAGGUUUAAAGGGAUUUCCGUAAUGAAAUUUCUACAUUUUCUAAACAGCUCAUCA